AUGAGGCUCUCACUACGUAUCGGUUUGGCCGCCGCGCUGAUCAUUGUCGCGCUCGUCCUGAUCAACCGUCAACUCCACACCGUUGGCCAGGCGCCCCAGUCUUUUUGGCAUUUCGAUACUACAUCUUUCCGCGUGGCAUUACGGCCACCACAGCAAACGACUCAGGAUGGCAUUCGCAGAAAAUGGGGCGGUGGCUCUAAGAAAUUACUGGGUUUGACUUACCAAACUACUCCGAUCGAGGUCCCUAAUGCGGGUGUGAUUGUGAUGGGCAAACUGCGCGAGGAGAACACCGCGUGGGUCUCUGCGGAAGUCGCCGAAUGGCGCAAUUACAUCUAUACCGUUGAUGACACCAACGCCCCCGUCCACACCCCCAAGAACAAAGGCCGCGAGGCCUUACCCUACCUUCAAUAUAUUGUCGACCACUACGAUGAUCUUCCUCCGAUGAUUAUUUUCCUGCACAGCCACCGCGACGGCUGGCCCGCCGCUUGGCACACCGAUACAAUGGAUUACAGCAAUGUGGACUCGGUGCGGGCCCUCCAGCGCGACUUUGUGCUACAAGAAGGCUUCGUCAAUCUGCGCUGUCAAUUGUCCCCCGGCUGUCCGGCCGAAAUGCAGCCGUUCCGCAACCCCCCGAAGCCAGGCGACAAUGGUGAAAAACAUUAUGCUGAUGCCUGGAAGGAGUUGUUCGGCAACACCAAAGUUCCCGAGAUCAUCGCCGCACCAUGCUGCUCGCAGUUUGCUGUCUCCAAGGAGCAAGUGCUCAUGCGCCCGCUCUCGGAUUAUAAGCGCAUGUACAACUGGGUGUUGAACAACGAUUUGCCAGACGAGGUGACUUCCAACAUCAUGGAGUACUCGUGGCACAUAAUUUUCGGCAAGGACCCGGUCUUUUGCCCUGAUGUCUUCCAAUGCUAUGCCGACGUUUACGGCGAGGAAGUCUACGGAUUUUAA